ACAUACACCAAGGGUUUUGUUAAGCAUCCAGAGCGAAUGCACAACUAUCUUGCCUUGAAGGAUGGCACUUGUGCCUUUCCUCCUCUUCCAGAGGAAACAAAGGGGAAUAUGAACCGCUCGGAAAUUGCUGAGAUGCCUCAAGACCGAAACGGAAUUGAUCUAUCGAAAAAUGUAUUUGUAGGAGCGUUUUUUUUAGUAUGAGACGCUUAUACCAGUUGUUUGAUUUUCCUGCUUUCAUUUUAUUAUUUGUAGGAAUUCGACUUGACAAAAGAACGGUUUCUUGUCCCUGAGAUGAUCUUCCAGCCUGCCAAUUUGGGUAUGAAUGAAGCUGGGCUAGCAGAAUGUAUUGUUCGAGCUGUCAAUUCGUGCCAUCCACAUCUCCACCAUGUACUCUAUGAAAGCAUAAUUUUAACCGGCGGAAGCACUCUGUUUCCUCAGUUUUCUGAGAGAUUAGAGAAGGAGCUCCGACCACUAGUUCCUGAUGACUAUCAUGUGAAGAUAACUACUCAAGAAGAUCCCAUACUAGGUGGUUGGCGUGGAGGAUCUCUGUUGGCGUCAAGUCCAGAUUUUGAAGCAAUGUGUGUAACUAAGUCUGAGUAUGAGGAGCUUGGUUCUGUUAGAUGUCGCAAGAGAUUCUUUCAUUAGCUUCUGCAUGCCAUAAACUCUAUUUGCUCCAAUCUUGUACUAACCCAUAUUUUCACUAUUUAUUAGAGUUCAAUCUACUAGACGGAUUGUGAGGUGUAUGUAUCUUUUAUUGCAAAACUUGCACUUAACAUGCAGCAUGCUUAGGUAGUUAGGUAUGUACAGCUUUUAAGUUUAUAACCACUUGGAGAGGAAUCAGUAAUAGCAUUGAGAUUCCAAAGCUAUUUUUUUGGGGUUAGAAGAUUUCAAA